UUUACACUACAGUGCAUUUACAAAUGUGACGUUUUGACGUAUUUUAUUGGUUUUUAAAAUUUUAAAAGUAUUUUACUCUGGUAUUUUAAGGUUAUAUUUUGAUCAAUCAGCUUAUAAAAUACUUCUUUAAUUUAAAAUUUAAUUUAAAAUGCUUGAAAAAAUUACUUCUACUUCACUCACGGAGGAAGAAAUGUCGAAAUUCGACUGGUUAAACCUUCAUAAAGAAUUAGAAGCGGCUAGACACACCGAAGAGACUAAUUUACAGAAACUAAUUAGAAAAUGUUCUGAAAAUCCGCUUGUGCCUAUUGGAACUACUGCUACAAGUGCUGCUUUAAUUUACGGUAUAUGGACUUUUAGAACUGGUCAAAGGAAAAUGUCACAAUAUAUGAUGAGAACAAGAGUCGCCGCUCAAGCUAUUACAAUAUUCGCUGUUGUUUUUGGUUAUAUUGUGAGCGUUAAAAACAAUUAGAAAACAACGUAAUUUUAGUAUCUUGUAUGGUAUACCUCUUGUAUAAAUAAAUUUGGCGAUUUAUUUAGUUGUGUAGUAGUGACACUGUAAAUACAAAUAUAUAUAUUUAUUUUUA